AUGGCGCCCAAGGCCGAGAAGAAGCCGGCGGCGAAGAAGCCAGUGGAGGAGGAGCCCGCGGCGGAGAAGGCCGAGAAGACCCCGGCCGGGAAGAAGCCCAAGGCCGAGAAGCGGCUGCCGGCGGGCAAGUCGUCGGCGGCGGCCAAGGAGGGCGGCAAGGCGAAGAAGAAGGCCAAGAAGAGCGUGGAGACGUACAAGAUCUACAUCUUCAAGGUGCUGAAGCAGGUGCACCCCGACAUCGGCAUCUCCUCCAAGGCCAUGUCCAUCAUGAACUCCUUCAUCAACGACAUCUUCGAGAAGCUCGCCGGCGAGGCCGCUAAGCUGGCGAGGUACAACAAGAAGCCCACCAUCACGUCCCGGGAGAUCCAGACCUCCGUCCGCCUCGUCCUCCCCGGCGAGCUCGCCAAGCACGCCGUCUCCGAGGGCACCAAGGCUGUCACCAAGUUCACCUCCUCCUGA